UUCAGCCCGGGCGCGUUUUGAUGAUGCGCAGGUACUGUGUGGAGGGAGGCUGUGGAUAUUUAUAAAUGUUUAGAGUGAAUAUAAUGAAUAAUUAAAGUUUAAAACACGGUUUAUAAUGAAGUUCAGCUCUCUGCCGGUCCAUACAGCCGCGCUUUAAACACGGAGCUGAUCCAGCAGUAAUGGCUCACAUUUGGAAAGAUGUGAAAGCCGUGCUUCCCGCCACCAAGCCUGAGUUUCCCCUCCAGUUCAGUGAUGUGGUUGACCCAAGCGUUCUGGUCCUGUUGGGACUGAGCAGAGAGCAGCUGUACAGCUCCUCAGAUCCUCCAGCCUGUGUGGAGAACGCUCAGAUCAUCAUGGACUACUCCUGGGAGAAGCUGAACACAGGGACCUGGAGAGACGUGGAUAAGGAGUGGAGGAGGGUGUACUCUCACGGCUGUCUGUUUAAAGCUGUGGGGAUGUGUCAUGGAGAACCAUCUCAAGCCCAGGUCCAGGAAGCCAUAAAGACGUGUGAUAUGGGUUUACUGAUGGGAGCCGCCAUCCUGGACAAUGUCCUGCAGAGGUUGGUGGGUGUGCUGAAGAAGAAAUUGAAGAUGCAGCUUUCCAGCAGAGAGGAGGAGGACAGUGACCGGCCCUGUCUGAAGAAACUCAAGAAGGACGGCACACCAGAGCCCAGGAUCGACGCUGCCGUCUCUGUACCGAGGGUGAAGUGUCCGGCUCUGGAAACCUUCCGGUCUGAAUAUCUGGAGCCCCAGAAGCCGGUCAUACUGGAGGGGAUAAUCAGCCACUGGCCUGCUUUCACAGAGCAUCCAUGGAGCAUAGACUACCUGAGGGCGGUGGCAGGGUGCCGGACCGUUCCUGUGGAGCUGGGUUCCAGAUACACUGAUGAAGAGUGGUCACAGAAGCUCCUUACAGUCAACGAGUUUAUAGAUCGCUACAUCAUAAACACAGGUGAAGGUGGUAUGGGAUAUUUGGCACAGCACCAGUUAUUUGAUCAGGUGCCGGAGCUGAAAGAAGACAUCCGUAUCCCCGACUACUGCUGUCUCGGAGAGGGAGAUGAGGAUGACAUCACCAUUAAUGCUUGGUUCGGGCCGGGCGGGACCGUCUCUCCUCUGCAUCAGGAUCCGCAGCAGAACUUCCUAGCUCAGGUAGUUGGGAGGAAGUAUAUCCGGCUGUACAACCUAGAGCAGACAGAAAAUCUGUAUCCACAUCCCUCUGAGCUCCUGCACAACACCAGCCAGGUAGAUGUUGAGAAUCCAGAUUUGGAGCAGUUCCCGGACUUUGUGAAAGCCUCGUAUCAGGAGUGUGUGCUGCAGCCUGGUGAAGUCCUGUUCAUCCCCAAACAGCACUGGCAUUAUGUACGGUCUUUAGAGCUCAGCUUCUCCGUUAGCUUCUGGUGGUCUUGAUAAUGUACAUGUCACAACUGAAUACUGACAUGGUAAUAUUGUGUUUCUAAAAUCGAUAUAGUUUUUUUUUAAAGCUGAUUAUCCUAACAGGAUAUGGUAUCAAUAUAUUUUUACACUCCUGUACUACAGUGGGUACAGUGUACUAGUUUCCUUAUUCAAUAACACAAGAAAUCAGGUAGCAAUUGAUAAGUUUAAAACAUUUUACUUUAUAAAACUUUGAAUUAUUGAUACAAACAGUAAAAUCAAUACAAAUAUAUAUAUAUAUUACAUUAGAAAGAUACAAAAAAAAAUGAAUGUGCUUUUGGUCUAGUUUAAGUUGAACAUGCAGAGAUACAGUU